AAACUAAUGCUAAGCCCCGUCGUUAACGCUCCAACAUGUUGAGUUAACUUUAAACCUAACCUUAAAUUAUCAAUCCAACUCGGACACUUUUUUUAUAAACAAGGUGGCCAUGUUUUGCCGUUUGUUUGCUAGUGAUUAAGGUUAAUGCUGCUAGCUAACUUUUAGCCGCAGAGCAGAAGAGGUUACUGCGACACUUACCGCCAGUGACAAAUAAUUUUUCUCAAAUGAGUAAGUAAGCUGGCAGCGGUUUAACAUACAACAAAGUAGAGUUGUGAAAGUAACUUUAGCAACUUACGUUAAAUUUAACGUUAAGUUCGCGUUCGACUUUGGCAUUGCGCGAGCCCACGUGCUGCCGCCACCUGCUCGGAGUCCUUUUCUAAGGUUGAUGCUUCCCGACUCCGGCGAUACGAAGUGAACGUACCCAUGAGGACAUGCAGCGGUACAGGUGGCCCGGUCAUGAGAUGCAGCUUCUUGGAGAGCUGCAGAGACAACAAAACAACGCCCAAUUCUGUGAUGUCCUGUUGAAAACUGAUGGUAUCACGGUGCCAACCCACAGUUGCGUCCUCGCAGCCCUCAGUCCUUACCUGUCUCAGAGGCUGUUGGCCUCCCCGUCGCCUCCAUUGGGCCAGAAGCGUGAGCUCCUGCUCCAGGCGGUAAAGCCCCAGACCCUGCUGAAGCUCGUCGGCCUUCUCUACUGCGGGGAGGUGGAGGUAAAAGGAAGUGCAGAGCAGAAUGACUUGCUCUCAGCAGCGGGCCAGUUUGGGAUCACAGACCUUGUUAACGGACCGAGAAAUGCAGAGGGGUGGGAGGGAGAGCUCCAGAAACAUGGUUUUGGUAGUUUCGGCGACAAGAAUGAAAGCAGAGAAAUUCAGGGUGCGCAAGUUCAGGCUGGGCUGCCCGGAUGGAGAAACACAGGGAAACCAAAUGUUAAAGCUGAUCAAAAGACUGGGGGCUGUUCUAAGAAACACUCUGUCCAAAAUGAACAGCCACACCCAGUACCUGAACCCUCUGUAGCCCUGAAACCCCAUUGCAUCACAUGGGAUAAACAUUUGAUCUCCUCUACACCUAGCCCACAUAUCCCCUGUGUGCACAGUGGAGCACAAAUUGUCCCAAAUCCUGUGCCGCUUUUAUCCAGCAGUGGGGGGACCUUCCCUGUUUUGCCCAAUGAAGACUUAAACUCCACAACACCUCCGGAAGACAGUGCCGACAAGCAGUCAUCUAAGAUUGGGAAUAUAAUACAGGUGUUGGAUAAGGAAGGACCAGGACUGAGGGACGGAAAAACAAUUACAGCGCCGCCAAGCCACAGAGAUGAGAUGCCAGGAGAGGAAAGGGGAAGCUCUGCUGAGAAGAGGCAUGCACAUGUAGGGAUGAAAAGCCUGUCUAAGAUUAGACAGAUGCAGCAGAUGAUGGACACAGACUCCACCCAAAUUUCUAUCAAGGUGAAGCUGAGGAGGAGGUCCAAUGGAGAAGUGUGGGAGGUUGUGAGUGUGCAAGACACAGAGGAUGCGUUGUCAGUUCUUCACUCCCUGAAACAGGAUGACUCCAGCCACAAACGGCUGCAGGCCAACCCAAUGAGCAGUGAGCCUCCUCUCUCCAGUGUCCAGCCAGACCCAACUCAUAAACCGGAGAGCCUGACUAUUCAACCUGCAACCAGUCACCUCACCGAGCAACGGCCUCACCCCGACUCCGACUCCCAGCUUCUGUCCAGUGACUUCUUCAAUGAAGAGCUUGAGUCGAUCCCACUUACCCAGCCUCCAGGCUCUGCAGAGGAGUGUGACGAGCAGAUGGAGAAGCUGCUGGAGGACAUCAUGAUGGGUCUGAACAUCCUGCCGAACUUUGACAGAGACUGCAAAAAGUCUCAAUGUCUUCAAACGAACCAUGAGGAUGUACUGGCCGAUUGCCCGGUCCCAGUUACAGAGAACGAGCAACAGAAGAGUGGGACUCACGCCGGUACCGAGGGACGUGCGUAUUACCAGCACUUUGAGACCCCGAUUGGCAACGUAGCAACCAAUACAGGUAUCUCUUGUAAUUUUACAGCUCAGAACCAGCCCGGUUCUUCAAGCCUCUCCUCUGCGCAGCUGACCUCCCCCUGGGAUCACUCCUCCCUCACACCUGGAACAAGCCCACAGGGCAAAACACUAAAUUGUCAACAUACAGAUGCACUUAGCGGCCAGAGGCAAUUUACGUCCCUCACUUAUUUCCCAGCGAGCCAGGAACCGCCCUCACAAGACAAUCGGUACACGGUGGAGCUUUUUCCCCAGAUGAAUGAAAAUGGAGCCGAGUCCUUGCAUUCCUUGCCUUGCGUGGAUGAUUUGCGACUUCCUCGAUGUCUCUCUCCGUUAGAACCGUCCACCUCCACAGCAAAGCAUCAGCCCGACCGCAACAGCUCCACGAACCCCAGCGAUAAUGUUGAGCUACGGUCAUCUGUACAGGGACUACGCUGGCUUGCGGUAAAACCCGGAUUACUACGAUUUCCUCUCAGCGCCAUCACUCACAGAGCAAGUAAAGGUGCGUCUUUACCCGGGGAUUCAAAUCACAGCAACUCUUCACAGCGACGUCAGAAACAGGCAGAGUUGAAUCCACGAGGUGGGGACCCCGGGACAGCAUCUUGUUCCGUUCGAGCAGCGGAAGGGAGAGAAGCAACAUCUGGUGGUCAUCAAAACGUGGCAAAAGAGAAAUCUGAUCUCAGGAACAUGAAGAAAAGUUUAAAAUGUAAACAAAUGGACACUAAAGGUGAAGUUGUGGUGCCUAAAAGAAGGAAAAUGAUGCGCUCGGGUCAUCCACUAGAGACCAAUUCUCCUUCAGCGUACAAUCACGUGAAAGUCAGUGAUGGAGCAAAAGGUCAAAUCCACCUCGGCGUCUGUUUAGUCAGUUUGUCGAGCAACAAUGUCCUGGCGAAGGAAAGGGAAAUGGCCGCCAAUUCAAACGUGCCCGACCCAUUUGUAGGGAAAACAAAUAAACCGUCAACCAUUACAGAAAGUCUGCGAGGGACAACCAGAGGGCCCGCGGGUCCCACUACGAGUCCGAUGCGGAUCAAGACCAGGGGCUUUUUGAAAAAAACUCAGACGCCGAGUAGCUCAAGCACAGAAAGUCCUGUUUUGAAACCUGCUUCCUGCAGAGCUCAAAUUGUGAAUAAACAAGACGUACCCAAGCAGGGCUGCGGGAGCCCUCCGAAAAGAAGGGGCCGCGGGAGGCCGCGGAAAACGAAGAUCAUAGAGAUCCCGCCAGACGAAAUGAGCCACGAUGUAAAAAGAGAGGAGCAAAUUGACGGCAGUUUGUCGAAGGAGGAGAGCGAAAAGACGAGAUGUAAGAAACAAAUCGGAAAUGAACGCGAAUCGGAGGCAGUUCCACCGACGGCCUUCGGCGCUGAGGCGGGCCGCAACUUUGACGUGAUCCCCGCCCGAAGACUACACCGAGCGACCAGACCUUCAAGGAUGGUCAGUCUGAAGGAGUUCCAGGAGCUCAUCAAGCUCCAACACUCGAAGACCAGAAAGUCAAAGAACAGCCAGGACGAGGAAAGCCGUGAAACUGCAGGAGUUGCAGAAUGUGAGGAAGAGAAGACGCGUGGCAGCAGAUCUGAAGACUUAACUCAGGAGACAGAAAUGCACAUUGCAAAGCCCCAGGACAGGGACGGGCUUAAAGAGUGUCCCCACGUCUGUGAUGUCAGAGUUGAUGAUAAUAAUAACGAUCACAUUUUUAACAAAUCAGCGGCUGAGGAUGACGAGUCCAAGCGAGACGAGACAAAUGUCUCUGGCAGCAAUGAGUCCCGCCCUGCGUUGGGAGAAGAGGUCGAGUCAGCAGCUGAGACGGAGCAGCCACUGAAGUGUCCCCAUGAAGCUCGUGGUGAAGGGGGGUCAGGUGAAAAACCGCGGACUGCCAUCCACGAUGAAGGAUCGUUUCACAGUGACACGCACCUGCCCCAAGAAGACAAAAUUCCUUCGUUGAGCCACCGGACCGUACAGAGGACGGGCGAAACGCAGUCGGACGCCGUUGGGUCCGGCGGGAGCAGCGGCUGCGAUGAAGAGGAGGAAGUGGAGGUAGACGUUGUGCUUCUCUCUCCAGACAAAGUGUCGCCGACCCAAGAGUGUGAGAAUGUACUCGACCACAUGGAAAUAACUCCAGAGGAAGAGGACGAGGAAGAUGGGAAUGAGAUUGAUGUAACCGGAGAUGAGGCAGAGUAAUACUUUUGUAUGUGUGCAUAGUUUUUACUAUGUUGUGUGACUAAUUCAGCACUUCGGUGGGCUGAGCAUUAUGUUCUCCCUGAUGUGGUUUUAUGUAUGUCCACAAAGUUCGUUAAGCUCUGAAGCUAUGUAAAAUAGAUUUUUACAUCACUCCUUUUUAUGUUUUGUCCACCAGUGUCUGGCAAUUAUAAGCUCUACGCUUGCUGGUUUUACCUUCAUUUAGUUCAAUGUACGACUGUUUGAAUGGAUGUCUUGAGUUCCAUUAAUAAUAUGCUUGAUAAUCGAUUUACAAAAAGGAAAAAAAAGUUCUUACUGUUGUUCACAUUUGUCAAUUUUAUUAGUUUUAUAUUUUCUGUGGAUAUUGAAUGGUCAUACUAAAUGCACUUCAGUGGCAUUGGGUCCCUCUUAAAGUGACUAUUGUUGAACAGAAACCUUAGUUUGAGCUUGUAUUUGUAAAGCACAGCGUGUUUUCUGUAAAUUACACAAUGAUGGGUUAUUAAAAAAGGGUCAUUGUUUUGCGAACAGACCAUUACGUUUAAAAGUCUCUUUGGACAUCAG